AUGUCCACUGAACGGACUUCUUGGACAAGUUUGUCCACUAUUCAGAAAGUAGCACUGGGCCUCGGGAUCCCAGCCAGUGCAGUGGUUGCCUAUAUCCUAUACCGCAGAUAUAGGGAAAGCAGAGAAGAGCGGCUGACAUUUGUUGGGGAGGAUGACAUCGAGAUAGAGAUGCGAGUCCCCCAGGAGGCUGUGAAGCUCAUCAUUGGCCGGCAAGGAGCCAAUAUUAAACAGCUACGAAAACAGACAGGUGCUCGGAUCGAUGUGGACACGGAGGAUGUAGGAGAUGAGCGGGUUCUGCUCAUCAGUGGUUUUCCUGUUCAGGUGUGCAAGGCCAAAGCAGCAAUUCAUCAGAUCCUGACUGAGAGUACCCCAGUGUCUGAGCAGCUCUCAGUUCCCCAGAGAUCUGUGGGCAGAAUCAUAGGGAGAGGCGGAGAGACAAUUCGUUCUAUCUGUAAGGCCUCGGGAGCCAAAAUAACCUGUGACAAAGGAUCAGAGGGGACAUUGCUACUAUCAAGACUUAUAAAAAUCUCAGGAACACAGAAGGAGGUGGCAGCAGCUAAGCAUUUGAUACUGGAGAAAGUUUCAGAAGAUGAAGAACUUAGGAAGAGAAUUGCUCAUUCUGCAGAAACCAGAGUCCCACGGAAGCAGCCAAUCAGCGUAAGAAGAGAGGAAGUGACAGAGCCAGCAGGGGCUGGAAAGCCAGCUUUAUGGAAAAACACUGGCACUAGCUUGGAGCAGGCUGCACCUCUGGCAGUUCCUCCCCGCAAAGGAGGUGGCGACACGUCCUUUGUAGGACCAGAAGAGCGUUCCUGCAGGAAACCUAAUGAUGACAACUUUCAGAAGUUUGGAGCCCAGACCAGUCCAGAGACAUCCAUGUUUGAAAUCCCCAGUCCAGACUUCAGUUUCCAUGCCGAUGAAUUCCUAGAAGUCUAUGUCUCUGCCUCUGAACAUCCUAACCACUUCUGGAUCCAAAUCAUUGGCUCCCGCAGCCUGCAACUGGAUAAGCUUGUCAGGGAGAUGACCCAGCACUAUGAAAAUAGUCUGCCUGAAGACUUGACUGUGCAUGUAGGAGACAUUGUCGCAGCACCUUUACCUACAAAUGGUUCCUGGUAUCGAGCCCGGGUCCUUGGCACCUUGGAGAAUGGGAACCUGGACCUCUACUUCGUUGACUUUGGAGAUAAUGGAUAUUGUCCACUGAGGGACCUCAGGGUGCUCAGGAGUGACUUCCUAAGCCUUCCAUUUCAAGCAAUAGAGUGUAGUCUGGCACAGAUAGCCCCCUCAGGUGAACAAUGGGAAGAGGAAGCUUUGGAUGAGUUUGACAGACUCACUCACUGUGCUGGGUGGAAGCCCCUGGUGGCCAAGAUCUCUAGCUACGUCCAGUCUGGGAUCUCAACUUGGCCCAAGAUCCACUUAUACGACACUAGCAAUGGGAAGAAACUUGAUAUUGGGUUAGAAUUGGUUCGUAAAGGAUACGCAAUUGAGCUUCCUGAAGACAUGGAAGAAAACAGAGCUGUCCCAGUAAUGUUGCACGAUGUGGCCACAGAAACAGAUGUCUCUCUCCGCAGCACAGUCACUGAGACCAAGAAGAGCCCUGGAGAGAUGGCAAAUACCCUGUCCUGCCUCAGUUUAUUAGAAGCUGCCUCUAUGUCUGGUGAUGAUAACCUUGAAGAUGACUACUUACUCUGA